AUGCCCCUCACAGUCCUCACGGACGCGGAUGUCCAGGAGAUAUUGCAUUCUCUGACGAAGGAGGAUGUCGACGAACUGCAGUCUAAUCUCGCCGAAGCGCUGCAUUCAUACUCAACUGGCGAUACGAACUCUCCCUGUUGCGCAUCGUUUCAGCCUCACCGGACCGUGAUCAAGAAGAAUGGAAUCACUACCCUUUUUAUGCCUGCUUCUACAGGAACUUCGGUCGGGAUGAAGAUCGUGUCAUUAGAGCAGCCGGCGUCUUCGAGCAAGAAGUCUUCCGUGUCUUCUAGCGUAUCAGAAGGCCUGUCAGGUACGCCGGCUGGGAGUAUGUCCGGGGCCUCCAUAAGGUCCGCUACCAAUGAUUUGGGCUCAAUGACCCUGUCGCCUGCAUCUACCAUGUCGUCUGGCCGGGACUCAAUCGAUGGCUCCUCCUUCCAACCACCAGGAUCCGUGGCCAGUUCUCAGAGCACCACCCCCAAAGGAUCUGUCACCCUCCUCGACAGAACCGGCAAUCCUCUGGGCAUUGUAAAUGCUGAGGAGCUCACCGCAUUUCGAACAGCACUAGCUUCCACUGUGAUGCUGAAAAGGCGACAGAAUGUCCAUACGGUGACUGUUUUCGGAGCGGGAAAGCAAGCGUACUGGCACGUAAGACUGGCACUGAUACUGAGAGGAGACGAGAUCCACCACGUCAAUAUCAUCAAUCGAAGCUUUGAGAGAUCCAUCAAGUUGAUGAAGGCGUUCCAGAUGACGCAAGAAGACCGGGUUCAGUGGCGGAAGGACAUCAAAUUCUCCGCCAUGAGCCCGGAGUUCGGAGAAUACGGACGUCUGCUGAAGGAGGAGGUGCGGAAGGCCGACGUCAUUUUCUGCUGCACGCCAUCAACGGAACCGCUGUUCCCGGCGGAAUUCCUCACAUCGCGUGAAGGACGAAGGAAGGGGAGGUAUAUCGCGGCCAUCGGGUCCUACGCUCCACACAUGGUCGAAAUCCACCCGGAUAUCCUCAAAGUGGCUGUCGAGCCAGACCAUGGCGGACACCACCACCAUAAACAUGCCAGGCAAGGUGGAGUGAUCAUUGUUGACAGCCUCGAAUCUUGCCUGAAGGAGGCAGGCGAGGUGAUCAAGGCCAAAUUAAAACCUGAGCACCUUGUCGAGGUUGGAGAGCUUAUGAUGAUCAAGAAGGCUGCAACAAAGGAAAUCGAGCUUGGAGGGCCCGGAGAGCAAGGACUUCUUGACUGGCUUACCAAGGGCAACGUUAUCUACAAGAGCGUGGGAAUGGGCCUCAUGGAUCUGGUUGUCGCUGGAGACCUGAUCAGAUUAGCGAAAAGCAGAGACGUAGGUGUCACGAUUGAAGACUUCUGA